AUUCGCCAUUAAGUCUCGAUAUCUACCUUUUUCAAACCACGUUGGAAUCAUUGAACGCUUCCCCAUUUCUAUUUCAUUGAAAAUAGUUAAGCAGAUAUUCGGAUUGUUUGGCUUUAUUUAAUUUUCUAACUUUUCCGUCAUGGCUGUUGGCAAAAACAAGGGGCUGUCCAAAGGUGGCAAGAAAGGCUUAAAGAAGAAGAUCAUCGACCCGUUCACGCGUAAGGAUUGGUACAAUGUACGUGCCCCGUGCAUGUUCACUAACCGCGAUGUUGGAAAAACACUUGUCAAUCGUACACAGGGAACAAAAAUUGCAUCUGAAGGUCUAAAACACCGUGUGUUUGAAGUUUCGCUUGCCGAUUUACAAGAAGAUGAUGGAGCUGAAAGGAGUUUCCGUAAAUUCAAAUUGAUUGCUGAAGAUGUUAAGGGUAGAAAUGUUCUGACCAACUUCCACGGAAUGGACCUUACCACUGAUAAAUUGCGAUCAAUGGUAAAGAAAUGGCAAACUCUGAUUGAAGCUAAUGUUGAUGUUAAGACCACUGAUGGAUACUUAUUACGUGUAUUUUGUAUUGGAUUUACAUCAAAAGAUCAAUCAUCCACAAGGAAAACAUGUUAUGCUCAACAUACUCAGGUCAGAGCUAUUAGAAAGAAGAUGGUAGAAACUAUUACUGAAGAAAUAGUGAAAUCUGACUUAAAAGAAGUAGUGAAUAAGCUCCGACCUGACUCAAUCGCUAAGGAAAUUGAAAAGAAAUGCCAAAGCAUCUAUCCAUUACACGAUGUUUUUAUUCGCAAGGUUAAAGUUUUGAAGAAACCACGUAUGGAUAUUGGUAAAUUGAUGGAAUUCCACAGUGAUGAAGGUGUGACUACAGUUGUUGAUGAAGAAACGGGUGUCCAAGUAGACAGGCCUGAAGGUUAUGAGCCACCAGUCCAAGAAUCUGUUUAAACCAUGGAUUUUUAUAAAUAAACAAUUGAGUUCUAUUUUA